CUAGACAGUGGUAAUAACUGAAAAUUCUGUAGAACGAAAUGGGAAAGAAGGCUAUUGACGCACGUAUUCCAUCCCUUAUCCGUAAUGGUGUUCAGGAAAAGGAAAGAAGUUUUUUCUUCAUCGUAGGGGAUAAAGCUAGAAAUCAGCUCCCCAACUUGCACUAUUUGAUGAUGAGUGCAGACUUAAAGAUGAACAAAUCUGUUUUAUGGGCCUACAAAAAGAAACUUUUGGGCUUUACUUCUCAUAGACAAAAGAGAGAAGCAAAGAUUAAGAAGGAUAUCAAGAGAGGUAUUAGAGACGUUAACGAGCAAGAUCCUUUCGAAGCUUUCAUCUCUAAUCAACACAUUAGAUAUGUUUACUAUAAGGAAACUGAAAAGAUCUUGGGUAACACAUAUGGUAUGUGUAUUUUGCAAGAUUUCGAAGCAUUGACCCCAAACCUUUUGGCUAGAACCAUCGAAACUGUUGAAGGUGGUGGUUUGGUUGUUAUCCUUUUGAAAUCUAUGUCCUCUUUAAAGCAAUUGUAUACCAUGUCUAUGGACAUUCAUUCUCGUUAUCGUACUGAAGCUCAUGACGAUGUCGUUGCCAGAUUCAAUGAAAGAUUUUUGUUAUCCUUGGGCUCUUGUCAAAACUGUUUAGUGGUUGACGAUGAACUUAAUGUCUUACCAAUCUCUGGAGGUAAGCACAUCAAACCAUUACCACCUAAGGAUGAAGAUAUCUUGGAUCCAAAGGCACAAGAAUUGAAGGAAUUGAAAGAAAGUUUGGCAGAUGUUCAACCAGCUGGAUCAUUGGUCAACUUGGCUAAAACCGUUAACCAAGCUCAAGCCAUCUUGACUUUCAUUGACUCUAUUUCUGAAAAGACUUUAAGAAGCACUGUCACUUUGACUGCUGGUAGAGGUCGUGGUAAGUCUGCUGCUUUGGGUAUUUCUAUGGCUGCAGCUGUAUCCCAUGGUUACUCCAACAUUUUUGUCACUUCUCCAUCUCCUGAAAACUUGAAGACUUUGUUUGAAUUCAUCUUCAAGGGUUUUGAUGCAUUAGGUUAUACUGAACAUAUGGAUUAUGACAUUAUCCAAUCCACUAAUCCAUCUUUCAACAAGUCUAUUGUUAGAGUUGAUAUUAAGCGUGGUCAUCGUCAAACCAUUCAAUAUAUUUCUCCAAAUGAUCACCAUGUUUUGGGUCAAGCCGAAUUGGUUGUCAUUGAUGAAGCUGCUGCUAUUCCAUUGCCUGUCGUUAAGAAAUUGAUGGGUCCAUAUUUGAUUUUCAUGGCUUCUACCAUCAAUGGUUACGAAGGUACUGGUAGAUCUUUAUCAUUAAAAUUGAUUCAACAAUUACGUGAUCAAUCCAAUGGAACUGGUGGUGCCAACCUGAAUGAUACUGCUGUUGUCUCUAGAGAUAACAAGCGUGGUAAUGAAAAUGAAUCUAGAGGAAGAACUUUACGUGAGGUUGUUUUGGAUGAACCAAUUAGAUACGCACCUGGUGAUCCAGUUGAAAAAUGGUUGAAUAAAUUAUUGUGUUUGGAUGUUUCAUUGUCCAAGAACAAUAGAUUUGCAACCAAGGGUACUCCACAUCCUUCUCAAUGUAACCUUUUCUACGUCAACAGAGAUACUUUAUUCUCAUACCACCCAGUCUCUGAAACUUUCUUGCAGAAAAUGAUGGCCUUGUAUGUUGCUUCCCAUUACAAAAACUCUCCAAAUGAUUUACAAUUAAUGAGUGAUGCCCCUGCUCAUCAAUUAUUUGUUUUGUUACCUCCAAUUGAUGAAAAUGAUAACAAGAUUCCAGACCCACUCUGUGUGGUUCAAUUAGCAUUGGAAGGUGAAAUCUCUAAGGAAAGUGUUCGUAAGUCUCUUUCUCGUGGUCAAAGAGCUGGUGGUGAUUUAAUCCCAUGGUUAAUUUCUCAACAAUUCCAAGAUGAAGAAUUUGCUUCCUUAUCUGGUGCCAGAAUUGUAAGAAUUGCCACCAAUCCAGAAUAUGCCGGUAUGGGUUAUGGUUCAAGAGCUAUUGAAUUAUUGCAAGAUUACUACCAAGGUAAGUUCACUGACAUUAGUGAAUCUUCUGAAAUUAAUGAUCAUACCAUUACCAGAGUUUCUGAAAGUGAAUUGGCAAAUGGAUCUUUGAAGGAUGAAAUUAAGUUGAGAGAUGCAAAGAGUUUGCCUCCUUUGCUCUUGAAACUUUCCGAAAAGCCACCUUACUUCUUGCAUUACUUGGGUGUUUCAUAUGGUUUAACUCCUCAAUUACAUAAGUUCUGGAAGAGAUCUGGUUUCGUUCCUGUUUAUCUCAGACAAACUGCCAACGAAUUGACUGGUGAACACACCUCUGUCAUGUUGAACGUCUUACCUAACCGUGAGAAGGGUUGGUUGGAAGAAUUCUCUAAGGAUUUCCAUAAGAGAUUUUUACAAUUAUUGUCUUAUGAAUUUAAGAAAUUCCCAGCUAUCCAAUCUUUGAACAUGAUUGAAUCUGCAGAACUUGGUGAAAACUUGACUAAGGAAGUCAAGAAGUUAACUAAGGAACAAUUAGAUGAGGUGUUGUCUCCUUUCGAUUUGAAGAGAUUGGACUCUUAUGCCAACAAUUUAUUGGAUUACCAUGUUAUUGUUGAUAUGCUUCCUUUGAUUUCUCAAUUAUACUUCUCCAAGAAGGUCACUAGUGAACUUAGCUUAUCAUCUGUUCAAGCUGCUAUCUUAUUGGCUAUUGGUUUGCAACAUAAGGAUAUGGAUCAAAUUUCCAAGGAAUUGAACUUACCAUCCAACCAAUCUAUGGCUAUGUUUGCCAAAAUUGUCCGUAAAUUCUCCACUUACUUUAGAAAUGUCUUGAGUAAGUCAAUUGAAGGAACCAUGCCAGCCUUGGAAGAUGAAGCUGUCAAGGAAAUGGAUGGACAAGCUGAACACAUUGACUACGAAGCUAUUGAACAAAAGUUGCAUGAUGACUUGGAAGAAGCUGGUGAUGAAGCUUUGAAGGAACUCAAGUCAAAGCAACGUGAAUUGAUUGACUCCCUUAACUUGGAUAAGUAUGCUAUCGCCGAAGAUGCUGAUUGGGAUGCUGCUGACAAGUCUGUCUCUAAGGCUGCCAAGAAUAAGGGUGUUGUCAGUGUUAAGAACAAGAACUCCAAGAGAAAGCUGGAAAAUGCCAGUGAAAUCUUUGAACUGGAAAUGAAGAGUGUUGGUAAGAAGCCAAAGAAGAGCAAGAAGUAGUAUGCUUCUGUUGUAAUAUAGUAUUGUCUAUGUAUAUUUGGACAUAUAAAUAAGAAUAAAUAAAGUGCAUCUUUAAUAAAAGGCAUGAAGUUUGCUAAUAU